CUCGCCUCUGUCCUGCUGACUCUGCUGCUGGGCGGUGCAGCCGAGGCCGCGGAGAUCGUGGGCGGGCGGGAGGCGCAGCCCCACUCGCGGCCCUACAUGGCGUCCCUGCAGGUGCGCGGCACCCGGGGCAGCCACUUCUGCGGCGGCACCUUGAUCCACCCGAGCUUCGUGCUGACCGCCGCGCACUGCCUGGAGGACAUCCCCGCCCACGUGGUGAAUGUGGUGCUCGGAGCGCACAACCUGCAGACACCUGAGUCCACGCAGCAGCAGCUCAGGGUCGCUGAGGUGUUCCGGCACAACUACGACGCGGAGAACCAUGUGAACGACAUUCUUCUCAUCCGGCUCGACCGCCCGGCCACCCUCAGCGCUGAGGUCGCCACAACCCAGUUGCCCCAGCAGGGCCAGAAGCUGCCCCAAGGCACCCAGUGCCUGGCCAUGGGCUGGGGCCGCCUGGGCACCAGCGCCCCUACGCCCAGCGCCCUGCAGGAGCUUAAUGUCACCGUGGUCACCUUCCUGUGCCGGCCGGAAAACGUGUGCACGCUCGUCCCCCGACGCAGCGCCGGCAUCUGCUUUGGAGACUCCGGUGGCCCCUUGAUCUGCAACGACACCCUCCAGGGCGUGGACUCCUUCGUGAUCCGGGGCUGUGCCAGCCGCCAGUUCCCCGACUUCUUCGCGCCUGUGGCGCUCUACGUGAACUGGAUCCACUCCGUGCUGCGUGGGGCGGGGGGCGCGGGCAGCCGCUCCCGGGCACUGAGCCCAGGCCACGACAGCCUUGCCAUGGUCACCUCUGUCCUGCUGGCCUUGCUGCUGGGCGGCCCCGCCCUGGCCUCCGAGAUCGUGGGGGGCCGGCCAGCCAGGCCCCACGCGUGGCCGUUCAUGGUGUCCCUGCAGCAGCGCGGAGGCCACUUCUGCGGCGCCACCCUGAUCGCCCCCAACUUUGUCAUGUCUGCUGCGCACUGCGUGAACGGCAUGAACUUCCGGUUGGUGCAGGUGGUGUUGGGCGCACACGACCUGCGGCAACGGGAGGCCACCCGGCAGGUGUUCCGCGUCCGGAGGGUCUUUGAAAACGGCUUCGAUCCCGUAAACUUGCGCAAUGACAUCGUGAUCCUCCAGCUCAACGGGUCAGCCAGCAUCAACGCCAACGUGCAGGUGGCCAGGCUGCCGGCCCAGGACCGUGGCGUGGGCAACGGGACACGGUGCCUGGCCAUGGGCUGGGGCCAGCUGGGCACGCACCGGCCACUGCCCAGCAUCCUGCAGGAGCUCAACGUGACGGUGGUGACCUCCCGCUGCAACAACCGCGCCAAUGUGUGCACGCUCGUGAGGCGCCGGCAGGCCGGCAUCUGCUUUGGAGACUCCGGCGGACCCCUGGUCUGCAACGGGUUGGUGCAGGGAAUCGACUCCUACAUCCGGGGAGGCUGUGGCUCUGGGUUCUACCCAGACGCCUUUGCUCCAGUGGCACAGUUCAUAAACUGGAUCAACUCCAUCAUCCGCCCCGCCGGGGGCCACCCCUUUCCCCACCCCAGGGACCCUGCUAGCAGGACCCACUAA